AUGCCUUCCAGCGGGUCUCUGAACCCGGAGUCGGAGGCUUUUGCCCACAUUCGCCCAACUUUUUGGAUCGGCCAGCAUGACUCCUCCAGGACUGAGGCUCUCACUGACGGCCAGUACAGCCAGGUCCUCAACGCCGGCUUCGGAUUCGCCACCGCGCCGAUCACCAAUGAGCACUUCCACCAGCGCGUCAAGGAGCUCUACAGGUCCCACGUGAGCGGCCUCGAAGCCUCGAGCCUGUCCGCUGCCGACAAGGCCAACCCGUCCCUGCCCGGCCCCACCGUCCCAACUCUCACAAACAAGGACACGAGCCUCGUCCCCAGCUCAUAUGUCCUCAACGUCCUGGCUUACUCGAGCCCCUGGAUCGACCUCUGCUCGGCUGACCCGGUCAUCGCCAGCAUCUCCCGCCAGGCGCUCAACCUCGAGGUGGCCUAUGCCAACUUCUGUGGGGUGCGCAGUCUUGUCAUCCCGGGGCCACGUCAGGACGGUGACGGGAGGGCUAUCGCUCAGUAUGCGAGGGCGGUGCAGGAGGCCUUCGAGGUGGCGACCAGGGUGAAUAUCAUCAUCCACAUGCCAAUGUACCGUGAGCCCGGGUUAGACGAGAAGUCCAAGCUGCUAUCCGAGGAACUUCACGCCCACAAGGCUGUGACCAAGGCAGGUCCAAGCAAUGACGAGGAAGUUGAUCUAUUCGGGUCUUGGGAUACGUGGCACACCAUCCGGUCCUUCUGCCAGUACUCGACGAGGCUGUUUGUUGCCCUGAGGGUUCCGCGCCGUCUCCCAGAGAGGGAGCUCCAGACUCGAUGGUUCGCGGAGCCCCUGCACUACCUGACCCUUGGGCCCAACACCUUCCAGCCUAACAAAACCGGGAACCCAUCUCUCACCCGAUACCACCAGGAAAUGAUCUUUAGCUACAUGCGCUUGAAGAACGCGCCUUGGUUCCUUCUCUACGACGUCGGGCCUUCCCAGGCAGAGCUCAACAGAGCCGUCGAGGCGGCCUCGGCCAUCCAGGUCGAGUUUCCUACCAUCGGUGAGGCAGCCCACAGCGACGCGCUAGCCAAGAGCCUCCCCGGCAUGAAUUCCCAUGUCCUGUACAUGAGCCACUUGGAGCGCCAGCAGGAGCCGCUCGGGCCGCUCGAGACGGAUACUCUGACGAGCUUCCAGGACUGGCUGCAAAGUCCCCUGCAGCCGCUGUCCGACAACCUCGAGUCGGCAACGUACGAGAUGUUCGAGGGCGACCCCGUCAAGUACAACCUGUACGAAGAGGCCAUGUUCCAGGCCAUGAGCGAGUGGAAGAAACUCGGAAAGCCCACGUCGUCCCUCAAGGGUGACAACGCUGAGCUGGUGGUGACCGUCGCCGGGGCCGGCCGGGGCCCGCUGGUAACACGGGCGCUAAGGGCCAGCGAGCGCAGUGGGAUGCCCAUCCAGAUGUGGGCGGUGGAGAAGAACCAGAACGCCUACGUGUACCUGCUGCGCCAGAAUGAGACCGUAUGGGGCGGGCGCGUGACGGUGAUCAAGACGGACAUGCGGGACUGGACCGGCCCGCGGCCCCAGGGCUACACGGGCAGCGCGGCGCCCAAGGUGGACAUCCUGGUGACGGAACUGCUGGGCUCGUUUGGCGACAACGAGCUGUCCCCCGAGUGCAUCGACGGGAUUCAGAAGCACAUCGCGCGGCCGCACGGCAUCUCGAUCCCCGAAUCAUACACGGCGUGGCUGUCGCCCAUCGCGACACCCAAGAUCCACGCACACCUGCGGGCUAUCGCUCCGACCGAUGCUAAUGCCUUCGAGACGCCCUGGGUCGUGCGGCUGUACCAGAUGGACCUCAUCUCGCAAAAGGUGCCCGGGAAGCCACGGUUUCAGCAGGCGUGGGAGUUUGUGCACCCCGUCGCGGGCUCGCUCAUCGAGAAGUGGGAGGCCGAGAACGGGCCCGUGUCACACGCGCCGAGGUUGCGGACCGCGGGCGGCGGUGCCAUGAACAACUCGGGCGGCACCAACGAGCACAACGCCCGACACACGCACCUGACCUUCUACUGCCGCCCGCGCGGCGUCUGCCACGGCCUGGCGGGCUACUUCGAGAGCACACUCUACCGGCCGCAGGCGGGCGAGGGCAGGGAGCUAGUGGAGCUGAGCAUCCUGCCGGACCAGAUCGACAGGAAGAGCAAGGACAUGGUCUCGUGGUUCCCCAUUUUCUUCCCCCUCAAGCAACCCCUCUACUUUCCCCAGGACUCAGAUAUCGAGGUCAGCAUGUGGCGCCAGACGGACGACACCAAGGUCUGGUACGAGUGGAUCGUUGAGGCGUAUGUCUGGAUCGGCCCCAAGACGAGGGUCAAAGUCGCGUCCUCGGAGAUGCAUAGCAGCCGCAAGGUGGCAUGUCUCAUGCAGUAG